AUGGCUCAAGGUCAGAUUCCUCCCCACGGAGGGUCGCGAAAGAUCUCUUUCAAUGUCUCAGACCAGUACGACAUUCAGGAUGUCAUCGGAGAAGGAGCCUAUGGAGUUGUUUGCUCUGCUCUGCACAAGCCUUCUGGCCAGAAGGAACUCAUGGAAACUGAUAUGCACCGAGUAAUCCGCACUCAGGAUCUGUCUGACGACCACUGCCAGUAUUUUAUCUACCAGACUUUGCGCGCGUUGAAAGCCAUGCACUCAGCCAAUGUCUUGCACCGGGACCUAAAACCCUCGAACCUGUUAUUAAACGCCAACUGUGACUUAAAAGUCUGUGAUUUUGGCCUGGCUCGCUCUGCAGCCUCCACUGACGAUAAUUCUGGGUUCAUGACUGAAUAUGUUGCUACUCGUUGGUACCGAGCCCCUGAAAUUAUGUUGACCUUCAAGGAGUACACCAAGGCGAUCGAUGUGUGGAGUGUGGGAUGUAUCCUGGCGGAGAUGCUAAGCGGAAAACCACUGUUUCCUGGCAAAGACUAUCAUCACCAACUUACCCUGAUUCUGGAUGUACUCGGCACGCCCACGAUGGAGGAUUACUACGGCAUCAAAUCACGUCGUGCUCGUGAAUACAUCCGGUCUUUGCCAUUUAAGAAGAAAAUCCCUUUCAAGCACCUCUUCCCGAAAACCAACGACCUCGCACUUGAUCUCCUAGAGAAGCUGCUAGCGUUCAACCCAGCCAAACGUAUCACAGUCGAAGAGGCUCUGCGGCACCCAUACCUCGAGCCAUACCACGAUCCUGAGGAUGAGCCAACUGCGGACCCGAUCCCAGAAGAGUUUUUUGAUUUCGACAAGAACAAGGAUGCCCUAAGCAAGGAGCAACUGAAACUCCUGAUCUACGAGGAAAUCAUGCGGUAG